AUGUCCAGACUCAAGCUCGUGGCGCUUCCCUUGGACGACGAUGACAAGUCGACCGCGCACGCGUCCGGCCUGCGCGGUGAGUCCGUCUCGGACGAACGCGCCGGUGGAUAUAAUAUCAGGGACGGAGAGCUGUACGAUCGCGGUGCUGGAGAUCCCAACGAUUCCACCUUGGUCGCCGUCGUGCAGCACUUCGGGAUCCUUCGCACGAUCAGGGUGACGCCGGGCGGGAGCAAGGUCAGAAGAUUUCAAUUUCAAACGUCCAAGGAUGGCGUCUCGACGCCAACCGGAAGACCUUGGUGGGAGUUCGCGUUCAUCCCAGGUCAGCCGGGGGCGAUUUUAGUCGUUCAGGCAGAGUCACAAAAUUUGCUGUUCACCUCCCUCCCAAUGAACGAGUCCGAGCCGAGCUUGGUGUACCUCCUCGGCAAGCACAGCGCGCCGGUGACGAGUCUGACAGUGAGUUCAGAUGGGAGCAUCACAGCGACUGGAACCGAUGAUGGGAGUCUCGCGAUUUGGGCGCUCAGCGAUGGACACCGUGUUGCGAGUAUGAAGGCUGCGCAUGAUGGGCUGGUGCGAGCCGUUGCGCUUUCGGGGAAUGAAACGCUUGUAUCCGCGGGCAGAGAUGGUGUGGUCAGGAUUUGGAAAAUCUCAGUGGAUGGAUCUCGGCUCCGAAUGCUUCACAGACUCGCAUCUGAACAACUGAAAUACGUCAUUUCAAUUGCAAUUACGCAGAGGGCUCCUGAACUCACCGUUGCUGCCGGGUCUUCUGACGGGUGCUUGCACGUUUGGCGGGUCAACCUGGAGACUGAGAGCGCACGUUUAGACACGGUAUUGGAUCACAACAAAGGUUUGGCCGUGACAUGUCUGUCGUUUCGAGCGGAUGAAAUCGUUCUUGCGUUAGGUACGCAAGAGAUUGGUGAGACGAUCGGGAAGGGAAUGGUACAGCUCUUCGAUACAAAAGACUGGACAACUGUGGCGUCACGUUCACUCGCCUCGCCGUGCUUGACAUGCAACUAUUUAGCUUCUGCAACAAAUAGGCUGCUAGUAUGCACGCCACAGCAUCCCCCUCAAGUGUUUGAAGGUAUGCUCAUUGAGUCUGCUCUAAGGAGAGAUGUCACCACGCCGUCUCCAAUUAAACAGCCAAUGACGGAGGUUGAAGUUGCCACAACGGCGCCGCAAGUUACGAUUCAUGAAGGACAAGAGGAAGAGUUCUGGGAACCACCUAAGAUGGUUAAUGAUGAUUUCGACGUCGAGAAAGAGUUGAAAGAUUACAUGGCUACGCUCGGUGUCACCGAUCCAGAUGAGAUCAGACGUCUUACUGAGGCUCAUAUUCACGCAGCAGCGGCGACAAAAAUGAGCCAGACGAUUCCUAGCGAGGCUCGAAUGUAUCCAAGCAUUUCAAAGAAGCCGGAAAAGGUUCCCGUUAAGAGGCAACGCGCACCGAUGAAGCUAGAUCCGAAAUGGUUGGAGAUCAAAGACCUUGGUCCUAAACUUGAAGACUUGUGGGAGUUCAGAUAUCGUGAGGAGCAAGUCGUAGACACGUUUGGCUUGCAUUGUGGUACACUUCUCGUCCCGCAGGAGCGCGGAGUCGAGUUUUAG